AUGGUUCGAGUGCCGGAUGAGCCGUUCGAGUCAACGUGCAAUGAUGAUGCCUUGCGUCUGCAGUUCGUUAUAUUCAGAAGACAUAUUCUGAGUUUAAAAUCUCCGGGAUAUUUUCUCCAUACCCUGGAUACCACAUGUGCUGUUGACAUCUUCGACUUUAUUAAUGCUGGCGUUUCCCUGGAUGACCUCCGCGCUCCCACGGUUCUAAAGAACCUGAGGACUAUAACGCCACUGUCCCCCAUGCCGACCAAACUCAUGAACGCCGUCGAAUGCUCCCUCCUGAAGCUGGAGGGAUGCAUGCAGAGAGCAAAGACGCUCGUUAAGCGUCGUCAAAACAAUACUGACGCUGUUAUCGACACUGAAACAACCAGAGGCGAGAACUUGUCGUCGUCCGAGACGACCAUCAACAGGAGCACUAGCACCAGUGCCAUCAGCAACAACAACACCAACACCAGCAGCAAUAGCAAUAACAACUACAACACCUAUUGCACCGUCAAUAAUAAUAGCUGCACUCCCAGCUGUGGCCUCAGCAUUGGCACACACAGCAUCAAAAACAGUCCCCACAAGAGCAACGUCAACACCGGCAGCAAAAUCAACAGUACCGAACAAAGCUUCAUCGAAAACAACCCCCGCCAUCCAGGGAAGUUUAAUAUUCCAAACCGGUGCUGCGUAAUCUGCUCGAAACCAAUCGGACAUCACUCCUUUGACCCGAAGAAGAAAUGCAACACGAUUGUCUGCAGCUCCUGCAUCGCAGAGGUGCUCCUACUCACUCCCAAAGAAGGUUUGGAAGACAACAAUGGCAAUAACAAUAACGGGUCUGGCCGCUCUCGCACCUGCGACUGUAAAAUAAACAAUACCCGGAAGAGCUCAGCCGGUAUGUCAACAUCACCUACCAAGGACGACAACAACGACAACAGUGAUGUCGUCCUACAAACUGUCCCUGUAUCCGUUGCGGCCACGAAGACUGUCAAGGAAAACAACACCCACUCUCCAUGUGCCGCGGAGAUUAUCGACGGCGACAACGAUGUUGAAAUAUACGAAGACGCGUCUGAGGAAUCACAGUCCGACUGCAAUGACUCGGACAACGAGGGUUCAGAUUCAGACAUGGGGCCCCUUUGUGCAGACACCGAUAGUGAGGGGAACUACGACAGUGACGGUUCAGAUAUCGGGCCUCUCUAUAGAGACGACGACGACAGCUACAAUGAUAAGGUCGAAUACGGCACCAGCCCGGCAUACUGCCUGUCCCCUUGUCCUCGACGCCCCGGGCCCCAAUGGGUCGCUGAUGAAAAUAUCAUCCUCAAGAACGACGACAACAACAACUUCACCUACCGAAAACGGCAAAUCAAGCGGGAAAAGCAUUAUGUCGCGAGAUUUUAUAAAAUGCCAAACUAUAUUUUAUGAAUUCACGUCCGAGGAUGCCAGGUGAGCUACAAAGGGAAUAACAAGUCAACCCCGAUUCGAACUAUUCGAGCCGAGAGCCGGUCCAAGAAAUGUAACGACAAGGAUGACGGAUAGGAAUUAACAAAGGGAAUAGAAUCCAAGUAUCCAUAAAGGAUCUUGACUAGAGAGAAGAACAAACGGGAAAUCGAAGCCAAUUGGGAUUUCCCAAGUCCGGGGGUUUUUAAUCCAGCAAGUAUCCAUGAAGGAUCUUGCACGGUUUUCCUCCGUUGAAUAUAUAUGAAGAAUGAAGAAUCGAUUAUCUAUGAGGGAUCUUGACUAUAUAUAUACACAUUGAACAGCAAUACUAGCUUUCAUUCCAUAUGGAGUGAAAAGGUUGAGUGG